AUGGAACGGGAUAACCAGACAUGGGAGGGUGAAUUUAUCCUCCUCGGACUGUCCAGUGACUGGGACACCCAAGUCUCCCUCUUUGUCCUGCUCUUGGCCAUGUACCUGGUGACAGUGCUGGGGAACUUCCUCAUUGUUCUCCUGAUCCGACUGGACGGCCGGCUCCACACUCCCAUGUACUUCUUCCUCACCAACCUCUCCCUGGUGGAUGUGUCCUAUGCCACAAGCAUCGUCCCUCAGCUGCUGGUACACUUCCUUGCGGAACACAAAGGCAUCCCAUUCCUGAGCUGCGCUGCCCAGUUAUUUUUCUCCCUGGCCUUGGGUGGGAUUGAGUUUGUUCUGCUGGCAGUGAUGGCCUAUGACCGCUAUGUGGCAGUGUGUGACCCCCUGCGGUACUCAGUCAUCAUGCAUGGGGGACUGUGCACUCGGUUGGCCAUCGCGUCUUGGGUCAGUGGCUUCAUCAACUCUCUCAUGCACACCGCUAUCACGUUCCAGCUGCCCAUGUGCACAAACAAAUAUAUUGAUCACAUAUCCUGUGAAAUUCUAGCUGUGGUCAGGCUGGCCUGUGUGGACACCUCCGCCAAUGAAGUUGCCAUCGUGGUUUCUAGCAUAGUGCUGCUCAUGACGCCCUUCUUCCUGGUCCUCUUGUCCUACAUCCAGAUCAUCUCCACCAUCCUGAAGAUCCGGUCUACACAGGGAAGAAGGAAAGCCUUCCACACCUGUGCCUCUCACCUCACCGUGGUUGCCCUGUGCUACGGCAUGGCCAUUUUCACCUACGCCCAGCCCCAGUCCAGCCCCUCUGUCCUUCAGGAGAAGCUGAUCUCUCUCUUCUAUGCCAUUUUGACACCCAUGCUGAACCCCAUGAUUUAUAGUCUACGGAAUAAGGAGGUGAAGGGUGCCUGGCAGAAACUAUUAGGACAGUUUUCAGGGAUAAUGUCAAAACUGGCAAGGCGAUGA